GACAACAUGUCUGUGUCUUUCUGUCUUGACAGAUGUUCAACCUCUUAAACGCAGCAGGAGCUAUGAAAUCCUACCACCUGACAUGUCGGAGCUGAGGAUGGUUCUGCUGGGAGGCAGCUGGUCUGAGAGGAAUUCAGUGGGGAACUUCAUACUGGGAGUGGAUGCUUUUAAUAAAGAACUUCAGUCCUGUUUGAGAAUCAGUGGAACAGAGAAAGAGGACAAAAUAGCCGUCAUCAAUACUCCAGAUCUGCAGUUUCCUACAGCAGACAAACUGACAGAGUUUGUAAAAGAUUGUACGAGUGUCUCUGAUCCUGGACCUCAUGUGUUCCUGUUGGUUCUGCAGCCUGAAACUUUCACUGAGGAACAGAAAUAUAUUCUCUGCAGAGUGCUCCAGAGUUUCAAUGAUCAAUCAUUUAAUCAUUCACUGAUUCUGAUUUUACCUCCCAGACAGAAACGUUCAGGUUUGAUGGAAGAUUACAUGAAACAGCCUCCGUUAAAGGAGAUGAUCAGAAAAUGUAGAUACAGAUAUCUGAUGCAGAAGAACCUUGAACGUCCAGAGCUGCUAACACGCUGUGGUCAGGUUGUUAAAGAGAACAAUGGAGAACAUGUGGAGUUUAAGGAAGCUACAGACAGUUUACCAGAUGAUCAUCGAAGUCUGACACAGAGGACAACACCAGGUUCCAUCAUGGCUGCCGUUACAGAUGCUGCACCUGAUCUCAGGGUUUUGCUGUUGGGAAAAAGUGAGAACAAGAAGACAGAACUUGGUAAUUUGAUCAUUGGACAACGAAGAGUUCAUCACCAGAAAUAUUAUCCAAGCAAACACUGUGUGUCCUCCUGUGGAGAGUGGAGAGGAAAACCAGUGACUGUAGUAAAAACUCCGGAUCUGUUCAGUCUGUCUGAGGAAGACAUGAGAAGAAAAGUGAAGGAAUGUGAGAGUCUCUGUCCUCCUGGACCAAAUGUUCUGCUGCUGUUAGUGAAGCCUUCAGAUUUCACUGAAAAUGAGAGAAACUCCCUGAAGUUCAUCCUGAGUUUGUUUGGAGAAGAUGUCUUCAGAUAUUCGAUGGUCAUCAUCACACAUGAGAAUAAAAUAAAUGAUGAUGUCAGUGAACUCCUCAGAGAAUGUGCAGGAAGACAAUACAACAUGGUUCAUGGAGACCGCAGACAGUUAAUGGAGGAGAUUGAAAACAUUAUGCAGGAAAACAAAGGAAGGUCCCUCAUCUUCACUAAAGGUACCAGAAGACCAAAGUCUGAGAUGUUCAAAGCAGCAUUAAACCUGGUUGUGUUUGGGAGGAGAGGAGCAGGGAAGACUUCAGCAGUCAAGGCCAUUUUAGGUCAGACAGAGCUUCGUUCAGCCUCCAGCUCAUCAGAGUGUGUUAAACAUCAGGGAGAGGUGUGUGGACGUCGGCUUUCUCUGGUGGAGAUGCCUGCCUUGUAUGGAGAACCUCAGGAGGCAGUAAUGGAGGAAUCAUUCAGGUGUGUCUCCCUCUGUGAUCCUGAGGGGGUCCAUGCCUUCAUCCUGGUCCUACCUGUGGGUCCCCUCACUGAUGAAGACAAGGGAGAGUUACAGACCAUCCAGAACACAUUCAGCUCUCGAGUCAAUGACUUCCUCAUGAUUCUGUUCACUGUGGAGUCAGAUCCUGCAGCUCCAGCUGUUGUUAACUUCAUCAGAGAGAACAGAAACAUCCAGGAGCUCCGUCAGAGCUGUGGAGGAAGAUCUGUUGUUCUCAACAUCAAAGAUAAGCAGCAGGUCCCAGAGCUGCUGGAUGCUGUGGAAGAAAAUAUUCCUGGUGAUGACAAAACAUACGGCUAUACAACUAAAACGUUCAUGUUUGGCAAAAUGGAGGAGCUACAGGCCGAACUUCAGGAGUUCAGGACAAAGACCAAUGUCACGGGUGCUGAUGAGCAGCGGAGCUCCGAGUGUCUCAGAAUCGUUCUGAUCGGAAGAACCGGCAGUGGAAAGAGCUGCUCAGGAAACACCAUUCUGAGCAGAAAACCAUUUGAAUCGAAAUCCGGCCAACAGUCUGUUACCAAGAGCUGCCAAAAAGGCCAAACCGUGGUGGAUGGUCGUCCUGUUGCCGUGGUCGACACACCUGGUCUGUUUGACAACAGUUUGUCUAACGACCAGGUCGGUGAGGAGAUGGUGAAAUGCAUGAGUCUUCUGGCUCCAGGACCACAUGUCUUCCUGCUGGUGUUACAGAUUGGCAGACUUACACCAGAAGAGAAGGAGACAUUACAGCUCAUCAAGAAGGUUUUUGGGAAGAACUCUGAAAAGUUCACCAUCGUUCUUUUCACAAGAGGGGAUGAUCUAGAAAAUGAGGAACUGUCCAUUGAAGAUUACAUAGAAAAUAGAUGUGAUGACUCAUUUAAGAAGCUGAUCUCUGACUGUGGAGGAAGAUACCACGUGUUUAAUAACCGAGAUAAACACAACCAAUCGCAGGUCCAUGAGCUGAUCAGAAAGAUCGACACCAUGGUGACGGAAAACGGAGGAAACUAUUUCACCAAUGAGAUGCUGCAAGAAGCUGAAGCAGCGAUACGGAAAGAAAUGGAGAGACUCCUGAAGGAGAAAGAAGAAGAGAUGAAGAGACAGAUGGAAGAGCUUGAACACGAACAUGAGAAAGAAAAGGAAGAAAUGAAAAGAAGGAUGGAAGAAGAGAGAGCAGCAAUGGAAAAGGAAAGAAAACAAAAAGCUGAACAACUGAAUGAAAUGAAGAAGAACAUCGAAAAGGAGCAUGAGCAAAAGAAAAGAGAGCAGAAAACCAGAGAAGAAGAAGAAAAGAGAAGAAAAGAGGAGGAAGAACGACAGCAGCAGCAGUGGGAACAUGAACGAGAAGCUUUGGAGACAAAAAUCAGGUCAGAAUCAGAAGAAAAGGAGACGAUUGACAGAAAACUGGAAGAGAGCAGAAAAGAGAUGGAAGAAAGACGAAAAGCCUGGGAGAAAGAACGAAAAGAGUGGUGGGACAACCGACAACAAGAAGAUGAAGAGAGACGUCAAGAGGAGGACAGAAAGCUAGAAAAGCUUCAAGAUGAAUUUAAACAGGAGAGAGAAAAAUAUGAAAAGAAAAGAAAAGAAGAUGAUAAAAAAAUAAAAGAACAGCAGAAAGAAAAACAAAAAUUAGAGAAAAACUACAAGAAAAUAAUGGAGGACAUGAAGAAGAAACAUGAAGAGGAGGCCAGAAGACAAGCUGAAGAACUGAAUGAUUUCCAAAAGAAAAACAAAAAUCUGGAAACUCUGAUGAGGAAACAAAACAAGGACCUGAAGGACCUAAAGGCUCUGAAGGAGAAACUUGAGAAAGAAAAGGAAGAAAUGAAAAGAAGCAGCCAGUCAGUCUGCAGGACUUCUGAUAUUAAUGAGAUUUCCUCCACGGGGUUCACAUAG